AACGGUGCAUAAGUAUUAAUAAGCCUAACAAACCCACCAAAAACAAGUAUAAGCUGUACAGUUGAACAAUUUGUUCUCAGCUUCUAUGGCUCAAAUAAUACUCAUCUCAGAAAGCUUUAUCAAACCAAAAUAUGAAGUUGAAGCUUCAAAACAUCCUUACCAUUUAUCACCUAUUGAGAUUGCCAUGUUAUCCAUUGAUCCCAUUCAAAAAGGUCUCCUUUUUACCCUUAAUAAUACAAUAACAUCUAAAGAUCGAACCAAACUAGUCUCUUGCUUGCUAGAGAAGCUCAAACAUUCACUCUCAAUCGCCCUCGUUCAUUUCUAUCCGUUAGCGGGUCGUCUUGCUACGCGAAAGUUCCCUGACGACCACGCUUGUUCGAUAUAUGUUGAUUGUAACAAAGGCCCCGGAGCAAGGCUCAUCCAUGCAACCACCCGUUUGAGAGAAGUUAAGGUUUCUGAUAUUAUAUCUUCAACUGAUGUUAACAAUAUUGUUCAUUUUUUCUUUGAACUCGGCGAAAAAAUAGUUAAUCAUGAUGGGCAUACGAGGGCUUUGUUAUCGAUCCAGGUUACAGAACUCCUAGACGGUGUGUUUAUAGGGUUUACUAUGAACCAUAGUGUAGUCGAUGGUACAUCUUUUACCCAUUUUGUUAGCAUGUUGUCUGAAAUUUUUAGAUCCGAUGAUCAUACCACAAAAAUAUCUCAUGUCCCCAUAUUUAAUGUUAAGCCUUGGAUAAAUAAUUAUGUUAGUCCGAAUAAUACGCUAAAGCUACCCUAUCUAGAACCAGAGGAGUUUAUAGAACACGGGUAUGAGACUGGUCCAUUAAGGGAGCGAAUCUUUCACUUCUCACCUGCAUCAUUGAUUGCACUCAAGGCAAAAGCUAAUGAAGAGUGUGAAACGCACACCAGCAUAUCCACAUUUCAAGCAUUAAGUGCUCUUGUGUGGAGAUCCAUCGCCCGAGCACGAAAUUUGCCAUUAAAUCAAUCAAUUAGUUGUUCCAUUUUAGUCAAUGGGAGAAAUAGAUUGGACCCACCUUUAUCAGAUGAAAACUUUGGAAAUGUUAUAUCGGUAGCCCAAUUUACUUGUAGCGUGGAUGAUUUAUUGGGCCAUGGUUUGGGUUGGGCUUCUUUGAAUUUGCACAAAACUAUUGUGGCCCAUGAUGGAAAAGCAAUACUAGACAUGUAUAAAGAAUUUUCUGAUGAUCCAGUAGUAUUUGGGCGCCAAGCGACAUCGGACUUUCAUGGGCCAAACAGAGUAAUUAUAGGAGGGUCAAUGAGGUUUAAUAUGUUUGGGCCUGAAUUCGGGUUGGGCCGGGCUGUUGCUGCCCGCAUGGGCUAUGCAAACAAAGAAGAUGGUAAGGUCACUGCAAACCCAGGAUGUGAAGGUGGUGGGAGUGUUGAUUUGGAAAUUUGCCUAAGACCUAAUUUUAUGGCUACUCUUGAAACUGAUUCAGAAUUCAUGAAUUAUGUACUUUGUAGUCAAAAUCCUUUACUAUAGUUCAUUUAACUGUUUUAAUUCAAUAAAAAUGCGGUUAGAAGUUAAGCAGGUAGAAGUGUCUGAUAAAUCUACAGAUAAAUCUAAUUAGAGAAUUUUUCUAAAGUUUUAUUAAAAAGUAUUUAUAUGAAUAUAUGAGUUAGAUAUUAGAUGAAUUCAAAUUA